UGACAUUCAGUCCCAGUGACAUACACACACAGAGAGAGGAGAAGUAGACAUUGUCCAGAAGAGACAGACAGCGAGCCGCUCGAGCUCCACAGACCCGCAGCAAAUGGACAUUCCGCGGCCGGAGAGGAUGAGAGUUUGACGCGGUCAUGGAGGAGCGUGAAUGAAGAACAAUGAGCAGCGAGUGCUGACCUGGAAACAGUGAGUUCGAGUUUGGCUGAGGGUGAGGGGUGGACGAGGGAUUUACUGGGUCAAACUAACUAGCUAAACUACCCCCACCACUCUAUAGAAAGUCGGAGAAAGAAAAGUGAAAAACACAGCAGACAAAGCGCCGAGGACACGAUGAACAUUGACAAGUUGCGUCUGCUGUGAUUCCUGAAGUCUGAAAGCAAGGUGAAGCUGGAGAGAAAUCACAAUGUCACGCUCAGAUGAGGUCAACAAGAUGACAGAAAAUGUCUACAAGGGCAUUCUGGACCAGUUCAACCCCAGUCUGAAGAAUUUCGUCACUAUGGGGAAACACUAUGAAAAGGCUCUGACUGGCGUCACAGUGGCAGCUAAAGGAUAUUUUGAUGCGCUGGUUAAACUUGGAGAGCUGGCCAGCGAUAGUCAGGGCUCAAAAGAACUGGGCGACACGUUGUUCCAGAUGGCGGAGGUUCAUCGGCAGAUCCAGGUCCAGCUCGAGGACGUGCUGAAGCUGUUUCAUUCAGAGCUGCUGUCUCAGCUGGAGCAGAAACUGGAGUUAGACAUCAAGUAUCUCACUGGCACGCUGAAGAAAUACCAGAGUGAGAGGAAGUCAAAGGCGGAGUCGAUCGAGCGCUGUCAGUCACAGCUGAAGAAGCUGAGAAGGAAGAGUCAGGCCAGUCGACAUCCCAAUAAAUAUGGAGACAGAGAGAUGCAGUAUGUGGAGCUGAUGAGUCGUCGGCAGGCAGAGCUGGACUCUUUGGUGGCGGUGGGCUACAGAUCUGCUCUGACAGAAGAAAGACGGCGCUACUGUUUCCUGGUGGACCGUCAGUGUUCGGUCACCAAGAUCCUCAUCAACUACCACUGCAAGGUGAGAGAGCUGUUGUCUCAGAAGCUAUCAUCAUGGCAGCAGUCGUGUGCUCAGCCCACUAAACUGCCAGAGCGGGCGCUAAACCUGCUGCGCCACACUGCCCCCCAGAGCUCUGGAGGAGCGGGACUGGCGGAAGUGCUGCGAAAUGCCAAACUGGGCAUCACACAGCCUGCAGAACAGAGGCUGUCGGUGCAGGAGGUUCCUCCUCUGUUGAACGGUGACAGCAGCAGCAGUCGCUCUCAGCAGCAGCAGCAGCAGCGCUCUCAAUCUGACAGUCUGUCCCCCAGCAACGCCUCUCAGCAGAACGGACACUCCAGCUCUACAGCAAGCCCUGCCCACUCUCAGCCACACCAGGGUGUGGUCAGCUCUGUAGGCCACACCUCCAGCUCCUCCCACAGCUCUCUGCAGGGCCUGACUCCACCUCUCGCGGCGCCUCACAGUCCUCCUCUGCCCCACAGUGCGCCUUUGUCCCGUGCGCUCACACCCGUUCCAUCUGCGGCCCCUCAUGCAGCGUCCGGCCUCGGUCUGCUGUAUGGCACGUCCACCCUCCCACUGCCCAGGAGACAGAGCAGCGACGCACACACCUCUUUCUUAGGCUCCACUCUGCCUCGUGUUCUUCCUCUGUGUUCUCCGUGUCGUGUGGAGGCUAUGUUCGCUCACUCCUCUGAGUCCUGUGAUGGAGAUCCGGCUGGCGGAGGAGGCUCCUGUCUGCUGUCCUUCCAACCCGGAGACACACUUGGCCUGCUGAUCAGUGAACCCCGAGACGGUUGGCACUACGGGCAGAACGAACGCACCGGACGAAAAGGCUGGUUUCCCUUCUCCUACACGCAGCCGUGCCCGAACACUCCUGGACAAGACAUCAGUCCUGCUGUGCUCUCUAAGGUGAACAGCACCAGUAUGGGUCAGUUAGACAGGCUUCCUCCUGCCGGUCAGCAGCCGCAGGUCAGUCCAGACUCAGAGGACGAGCGGAGCAUCAUCUCUCAGCGAAUCAGCACCUUCAGGCCCAGACCCUACAGCAUGAUGAACCCAGACACCGGCAGGACCAGCCCACGCCUGCGCUUCAAGGACAGGAUGUCCACUGAUUUUUCUCCUCCACCUCCAUCCCCUACCAGGAUCAACCCAUUCGCUCAUAUUCAGCUCAGGAAGACGGUGACCAACGACCGCUCCGCUCCUCUGAUACAGUAAAGAUGAUCGGAUAAUUACUGCAAAGAUGCCUUGAUGAUCUGCUGAACCCUCCAGAGGCAGGAGUUACACUUUUGCUGACAGAAACAGAGAAUUAGGUGCAGUUAAAUGUGUUAAGAUCAUUUAGCAGAUCGAGUGUAUAUUAGUAAUAUAUAGAGUUAAAGACAAGCUGAUAAGCCCCCUUGUAAAUUAAAAAACAAAUAUAUUACUCAAGUGCAGCUUAACAGAGCAAGUAUAUUUUUUUUACACUAUUUUCAUUAUUUUUGGAGCAAAUCUUAUUUCUUUUAGUUUCCCUGAAAUAAAGUAAAAAAUAAAAAAAAAAAAUAGAUAAAUUAAAUUUGCCAUAAAUCAAACUAAUUAACCAGGUAUUUUAAUUGCACUUUGUCCUGCAAAAUUACCAAGUAUAAUAUUAUGUGACAUAAGAAAUUUGUUAUAAGAAAUUUGUUAUUAAAGUCUAUCAAAAAAGUCUAACAAAAAUCUCAAUCGGGUUCUGAUCAGGAAUCUGACUGGUCCACUCCAGAAUAUGUAUUUUCUCCUGUUGAAGCUAUUCUGAUGUUUAUUUACAUCUAUGCUUUGGAUCGUUGUCCUGUUGCAUCCCCAUUCUCUGUUCCUUCAGAUGGUUUUAAGCAGUGGUCCCCAGCCUUUUUCAUUGCAGAUUACAAAGCACUGCAGUGUUUUGUUCCUCUGUGUUUGUCUGAGAUAAUUAGUCUACGAAAUGUGUAUAUUCCAUACAAGCUGAAUGUGAUUGGUCAGUUGAUGUCACUUGAUACUCCUGGUAUUCAUUCAACUGUGUGCGUCUGGAAGUGCAAGCCACGCACCUCCAUUAUAAAUAAUGAACCUGCGCAAACUCUCGAAAAGACACAUGCAAAUGACCCCUAAUGCUGCGUUCACACCAGAUGCGGAAGAAGCGUCAAGCUUCCAUCAUCCAGGUAUAGUUUAAAGAAGAGUUUAUGUGCUCAUAACAGAGCUGGGUGCACCUCAGAAUGGAUCUAGUGGACUCAGACACAGCUCCAAACGAAUCAAUGCUGUUUUUCAGCCUUACUAAAGCACAUAAACACAGCUAUUCUCUCAAUAAAAUCCUUGUUAGCCAUUUAGCAAUGAAAUGAUGGGAAUCCGCCCAUGGUGCGAAUCUGCAUCUAUUGUGAAGUGAUUUUGAUGCAAAUAAAGUGGAUUUGGCUCAAAUUGUUCACACAUCUAAUAACAUGUGAUUUAUUUGCACAUUUUACGUCUGGUGUGAACACAGCUUUGAAGGCUGCCAUCAUUUAUGAUCUCCAGCAGUUGAUCUUCUUGCCCAGACAUGGAGGAUUCACCUGAUUUUAAGACAAAUGGGUUGCGGAUCUAUUCCUUGGCAGUUCGCGGGCCCUUCACUGGGCCUUUUCCCCUUAAAGAAACUUUCCAAAGAGGACUUUUUCUUGCUCAUUUUGCUGCUUGUGGGUUAAAUUUGGGCACUUAAGUGACCGAGAUAGAAGCGAGAGAAUUCAGACAUUUUUCAAAAUAAAAGAGUUUUCAAAAUAAAAGAUCCUUUAGACUCAGAUAAUAAAUAAAACAGAAAUAAUUCAUGAUUUUUUUUGUGUGGUCCGAUCCUAAUUGAUCUGCUGCUCAGUGCUUGAGGACCACUCAGUUUUCCUGAAAAAUGUCUUAAUAAUCUUUGGAAUUCAUUUUUGCGUUAAUAACAGCGACCUGUCCAGCCUCAAACUCCAAAUUAGCUACUAAAACUAGUAAAAACAGCACUUGGAAAAU